ACAACAGCCGCUAAGGGGACGGCCAGUAAAACCAUGGGACCCGUAUUCAUAUUUGGCGAUUCGACCGUGGAUGUUGGCACAAACAACCACCUGAAUUGCACGGCACGGUCAGAUCAUCCGUACUAUGGGAUCGACUAUCAUCGAUCCAAAGCAACCGGAAGGUUCAGCAAUGGCCUCAACCCUGCUGAUACCAUCGUCGAGCUCUUGGGUGGCUACAAGCGCAGUCCGCUGCCAUUUCUUGCACUCGUUGAGGAUCAUUCCAACUUCACGGGAGCAAUACUUAAUGGGGUGAACUUUGCUUCGGGAGGUGCCGGUCUUGCGAAGGAUAUCGGGCAAGUUUUUGGGGAAGUGAUAUCGUUGGAAGAGCAAAUUCAACAAUUUGCAACUGUCCGGGGGAAUAUAACUGCGUUACUAGGCGAGUCUAGAGGCGAUCUUCUGCUUCAAAGUUCCAUGUACAUCUUGAGUAUCGGAAGCAACGACAUCAUGACCUAUAUAUUCACACAUUCUAUGACUCCCGAGCUUUUCAUCACCAACCUUACAGACACCUACGCCAUCCAUAUAAAGAACUUACAUAACAUGGGGGCUAGAAAGUUUGGAAUAUUAAGCGUUGCAGCAAUCGGGUGUUGUCCAAUGGCUCGUGCAUACAAUGGUGGUCCUUGUGGAGACGAGCCAAACGACUUGGCUAGAGCGUUCUACGUGUCGGUUCAAUCCCUUUUGCAAAACUUCAGCUCCACACUUGAAGGAUUCAAGUACUCACUUGGGAACACAUACAAUAUGACCAUGAACAUCAUUGACAACCCAAUUGGCAGUCAGUUCAAAGAUGUGAAAUCAGCAUGUUGUGGCAAUACGACACAACGAAGUGUAAGCGACUGCACGAAAGGAGUGUACCUUUGCCCGAAUCGGGAUGAAUAUUUGUUCUGGGAUGCAUUUCAUCCGUCUCAGGCAGCCUCCAAACUGGCAGCUCUUGCAUUGGUUACUGGCGACGAUCCAGAAUUCGUGAGUCCCAUAAAUUUCAGCAGUUUGAGAAGGGCUUGA